AUGGCAACUCUUGCGCAUUUGCAACCCGUGCCGACAAUUGAGCCGCAUUCCAGCGUGACCCCGACGCCUCAAUCAGCAACGUCUACUCCGGCAUCAACAGGCCCCCCCGGGCCACAGUGGACGGAAGCAGAUGUACCUGAGUGGCUUCGCAAGCACAUGGGCUUCUGGCAAGUUGAGCCAACGCCAAUACGAGCUCGUACUUGGAUGCUGGAAGGCCUUGAUCACAAUCAAGCUAACAGGCUUGAUCUCCCCCGACACUUGGAUGGAAUCAAGGUCCAACUCAGGCGGGUAUGGGACAGGCAGAACAAACCAGUCGCUGGGACAAAACGAAAGUCAGAUGCUUCUGGAGGCGCACCUGCGAAGAAGGCAAAAGGAACCACGCCAAUCAAGUCCGAAGGGGAACCACAAAUGCCCCCUCCUCCCCCAAAGCCUCUUAGGAACCUCAAAGGAAAGUAUGCAAUCGAGACCGACUUUCCCUGCUGUGAGGGGCACUCAGACCGUGCACACGACGCUCUGUGCCAUAUCACACUGUCCCCUGGUGAUGGUGAGACUAUGCGAGGCCAGCUACAGAUGGGCAACUUCAACGACUACAAGAUUCUCAUGUUCUUCGAGAAGCGUCCAACUGAGGUAUCCUCAGAAAAGGAAUGGUUCAGAUGGCGAGGCAGAAAGGGAUACGGCAGCAAUUGGAAGUACAGAGGUGACGAGAACCAUGGAUGGGUCAAGUUUCGUGGUAAUGGCGAAAUUGAAGUAUGGUUUGACAAAAUUAGGGUUCACCUAAUCGCCCAGAAGGGCAGAGCGUUGGGCGAGAAGAAUAAGCACAAUGUACACGCGUUUUGGGGGGAUUGGCAUGAGUAUGAUGAGGAGGGAAUCGAUCUUCUGGACACUUCGAAACUCUUUCCUGAUUGGUAG